GUAAACGCUGUUUAUCAAAUAUGGCGCAGGUUUUUGACAGUUUGGAAGAAACAAGAAAUUAUAUUCACGAAGAAGAGGUCAAAGUCAAUAGCAAAUUCCUGUUUUACAAGUCAAGGAAACAAACGUAAUUAUCAAUAGAAGAUUUGGUUUCGGCAAAAGAUGUUGGGAUUAUCUUUGAAGACCGCAGAGUUACCAUCUGAGCACACAGAUACAAAUGUGGAAAAGGAAAAGAAAAGUAUGCGUUGCCCAGUAAUUGCCCGAAUCAAAUUGGUUGUCUUCCUUCACAAGUACCAGAUUGUUGAACCUGUCACCCUGGUAGGCAGAAGGACUUUGAUAGAUGAGAUCAGAAAGAGGCCCCUGGAACCUGAUGAUAAACUUGUGCAGGUGUAUGUUGCGAUCUCUGGCGAGCACAACUUUCAUCCAAAGCCGGCCGAGUUCAUAGCCACAAGAUUGUUUCCUGUGGAUAUUAGCAGUGCGCAUGAAAUUCCUGCUUUAGAAGAGAAUGUGCAAACUGAUGAAACUAUAGAAGAGACCUGAUAAAAAUGGAAAUUAAGAAAACCCAUAUACCAAAACUGUGGAAGAAGGUGUGUAUUCUUCAUAACCAAAUGAAACAAACUAAUAGAUGCACGAGAUCCUUAGGGUAUAAAAACGGUCAUGGAGUGGAUACGAAUGAUCAGUGGAUGGAAAACUAUAAUGACCAUGAGGAUGAAGACAAUGAAAUGCAUAUGGAACCAUACCGUCAACAAUAUAUAUAUAUAUAUAUGUCAUUCCAAAAUGUGCUCAAGUGGUUCCCCACCAUCCUAAUAUGACCGCUGAAGAUAGACAGUGAUGUUUACAGAAAAUAAUGUAGUAAGGGAAAGUGAGGCAUGUCCCGGUUUUGAGGAAGUUACCACUUACACAUACAGGCAUACUGUGACAGUGAGUUUGGUGAAAGUGGAGAAAUAUCUUGAAAAGUGCCCGGUUAAAAGUCCAAAUGCGAGACAAAAGUUUAGCUAGCAUUGAAUAUGAGAACAUUCUUGGUCAUUCAGCUCUGAAGAUAUUAUUUGAAUAACUAACCACCUACAAUUCUCUAUAAAAUUGGCCAUUAAAUAUAACUUACGUUUAUAAAGUCUUGUAAGUCUUGUGAAUAUAGAACUAUUUAGAACUUAACUCAUUGCCAGUUACCAACAACUUUUUUACCUUUAUAUGAUUUGUAUUUCACAUUUUAAUUUAUUUUUUCCUUUUGAUAAAAAAAUCUGGAGUAACACUAAUCUUGAUGACAAUUCACAACCCUGCCCGUUUAGAUUUUUUUGUUGUGUACCUGUAAAUUAGCAAUAAACCCUUGUGCACAGAGUUCCGAAUAACACCUAUAGAACACGAAUUAAUUUAAUGGUAAAAUGAGGGGAAGUUGUUGAAUUGUAUGGUUCAGGGUGCUGCUUAAAGCAAGCAGAGUGAAUGCAAGGCAUUUAGUGACAUCUUUGACAAGAGGGCCAACAUUCUUGAAUAUCUGUUGCUAUGAGAGAAGCUUUUUUCUGUAAAAACAUGUUUCCGAGUCUGUCAAAACUGUAAAUUAUUUAAUAAUUUUACAACUUGCCAUGUGUGCACCUUUUAACACGGCUAUAUAUACUGACAUAUACAUACAUGAAGUAAGUAUGGUAUAACUUUAUAAAUUAUAUAAUUACUAAUAAGCUGGUGUAUCAACACUGAUCCAUCUUUAUAUAUUGUAAUAUUAUGUGCUAUAUAUAUGUUUUCUGCCAAACAAUGUAACAUUACUGUUUGACCUUGACGUCACUUCCUAUGAAAUGUAUUUGUUUACAUUUAUACUACUUAUGAAGGCUAUGGCCAAAACAUGUUUAGAAUUUAAAAAUAAAUAAAUAAACAAAAGUAACAAG